CGUUUACCAGUUUCUUAGAGGACAUCGGGAUUGGUCAAUUGGCUAUGUCGUCAUUAUUAUUAGGUGCUCUCAUUGGUUGACAUAGCAGCACGUCCGCUUUCUUAGCGGAAGCGCGGGAAUCCAGCGUUGUUUUGUCAAAGCUGAAAAGUGACGGUAAUAUGGAGGUGGACAUAUUGGAGUUUGUGGUUCCUGUGGAAAACAAUAAGAGUUUGUUUGUGUGGGAUAUCCAGCCGACGCUCACUGAGGCUCAGAUCUAUGACAGCUUGUUUAAGGUGUUCUCCUCUUUCGGCCCUCUUUACCUGGUCAAGGUGAGUCCAAAUUCCCUGGUCCACCCGCCCGGAUUCUAUGCCCUCAUCAAGUUCUACUCUGCUGCUCAGGCCUCGAAGGCUCAGCAGCUUACAGAUGGCCGCUCACUUUUCCAGAGCUCUCCCCUCAAGGUGAGACUCAGCUCCAAACAGACUCCUCACUUCCUAUCUCAGAGCAGACCACUGAGCCAUGCCCGAUGUUUGGAGCUGGCCAAUCACUGCCUCGGAUUCAAUGGCUGGGCAUCUGACAUCAUCACACUGAAGGAGCUUCCCAGUGAAGGAGGAGGAUGUGGGGAUGAGGAGGGUGUAAAUGAGAGGAGGAGGGGGAGAAGUCUGAAAUUUGGCUGUCUGGUGCAGGUCUCCUUUCCCCAUCACGGACAGACAACCAGAGGAGCAGCUGUGACAGAAGAGAGCUUAACCUUUACAGGUCCAGAUGUUCUGCUGCAGAAACGCUGUAAGCUACAAAGGAUGGUCAGAGAGAAAGCUCUGGUUCAUGCCUUCUCUACUGUAGUCCUUAUACUACUAGGAAACGGAAAAGUAAUGGUGGAGCUGAAACAGACCCCACAUCGGUUUGUGCCUGAACAUAGUGAAGGGGUUAUCCGGGUAAACUCACCUGUUGUCAGUUGUAUUUGUGUGGUUUCUUUACUUACUUUAUUGUCCCCAAGGGGAAAUUCUCGUUCACAAACAAGGUGUCCAAAACGAGGACAGACCUAGAUCUUCAUUGUGUGGAAUCCUGUUUUAUUGAUAGUGAAACGGGUUUAUUGGCAUUAUUAUUUUGUUCAUCUAGGUUGUGUGUGGGGAGACCCAUUAUUUUUGCUGUAAUCCUGGUUAUCCCUUGAGUUUGUUCUGAUUUUUCAUAGUAUGUUAACAAAGCAACUUGAGCAAUACAUUAGAAUUGGCUGAAUAAGACUUAUAUAGAGUCACAGUAGCAGAUGGGGAACAGUUUCGAGAAGUGAACGUACUGCUGUCAGCUGUUCUUGUUCUUUUCUGUGCCUAAUUUCAGGUUAAUGAGUUUUCCUGGAGCGAACUUCCAGGUCAUGAAGAUGGGGGUGAUGAGGAAAACUGGCAUUCAACUGUCUAAUAAAUGUCCGGUGGAUUGUUAGUAAACCAUUGAUAUGUGAUGGGAGUAAUGAGCAGGAUCCACUCCAAUCCGUGUUGGUACAUGUACAAAUCUGAAGCACUGGGCCCUUCAGGCUGCAAACCUAGACCCUUCACCUGGACACUGACCAGCCGAUGUCUAGCUCAGUGAACACAUGUUGAGUUCAGACCUUGGUCCAUAGUGUAAAAAGACAGAGCACAGGUUUUUUGAUUUCAGUUUGCGACGAUGAAGGUUUGAUUAAACAUUCUGUAAACAUGGACACCACUGGUAACGUGACCUGUUAAUCAACAUUGCACAGGUUCAUCACUUAAACCUUAGUUUAGAUGAAUUUUGAGUGAGUCCUCCUUUGCAUCAUUGCCAAAACAUCAAUAAUUUAGGUCUCAUUCAAAAAAGUAAACGACUUCGAUGAUGCCUGCUCGGCCUGAGUUGGUAAGGUCAUCGCCAUGGAAACCACAGACGUGAACACCAGUUUGACUCUCAUCUGAGGAAUUCCUUUACGAUAUGAUGAGUGAUCCAAGCAAAACUAAUAAGAUACAUAAGAUGAACCAUAACAAUACUGUUCAGAAGUCUUGGUCUUUGGAAUUCUCAAUUUAUCUAAUAAAGAAAAAGCUUAAAACCUGA